AUGAAACAGAGUGAAGUUGUCGCGUUGACUUUGUCGCAUUAUGGCGCGUCAUGUUGAUUACUCGUGGUUGCCGGUUGUUGUUUUAUUUAUUCUUUUAUCAUUUCACCUAGCGAAUGCUUUCGUGCUGCCUCAGGUUAGCACAAUAACAAAUAUUACGAUAAAUAGAAUAGGUUUGUCAAGCAUUCAAAAUUUACCUAUAAGUGAGUCAAAUGUGUCCAAGUUUGGUAUCCUGGUGGAAGUUAAUGGUACGGACCUUCAUGCCGACCUCCAACUCAUCUGGUCAGUAAAUGAAAGAGAUUGUGAAUCAAAAAAUGGAUUACGAAAAAUACAGGCAGCCAGCGAUGCUCAGCAUGUUGUUUACGAAUUCCAGGAUAAUCGUAUCUUUGAGGUUAAUGUGGUUUAUUUUUGCACCAAUUAUGCUAAUUCAAAAAGUGAAAACAGGAUGGAAUGGAUUAACUUAGGAAAAGAUUUUUCCAUAGAUUUAAAAUCAAAUGGAAUAUAUUCACGUACGCGUCGAGAGUACGUCCAAGAAAACCUACCAAUAAAUUCAAAUAAUAAUUCAGAUUUCCAUAUACGUGGUAUCAGGGUCGAAAUUUCUGAUAAACAUACCGUUUAUGGUGAUGAUGGUGUACCAGAAAUUUUAGUUGGAACCGAGGUAGUGCUUCGAUUAUUUGGCGUUGGAAUCACCGAAGAUGUUGAAGUUGCAUUUACAAAUUCACAAGAAAAUAAAGGUGCCUUAUGUGAUAAACGCAGCACAGAUAAAUUUCCAGUUUACAAAGUCGCGGAGAAUACAGCUUUAGUUUCGAUAAUUUUUUCGAAACCAGGAGUUUAUUAUUUGUGUGCAAAUCGGAGAGCACAAGAAAAAGAAAUUCCUAUUUCAGCUAUACACCAAGGUGCUGACAGCUAUAUGACUAUUCGUGCUUAUGAAAAAGCUCUGCCACUCUGGGCGUCAAUAAUCAUCAUUCUUACUUGUCUCAGUUUCUCAGCAUUAUUUUCUGGUCUUAAUUUGGGUCUCAUGUCAUUAGACAGAACGGAACUGAAAAUUCUUUGCAAUACUGGAACUGAAAAGGAAAAGCAAUAUGCGAGAACAAUUGAACCCGUGAGAAAUAUGGGAAAUUAUUUAUUGUGCUCCAUUUUGUUUUCUAAUGUUCUUGUGAAUUCAAUUUUUACUAUUGUCCUAGAGGAACUUACAUCUGGACAAGUGGCUGUUAUUUGUGCAACACUUGCUAUUGUUAUUUUUGGUGAAAUUACACCUCAAGCAAUUUGCAGUAGACAUGGAUUAUGUAUCGGUGCAAAAACAAUUUACAUGACAAAACUCACAAUGAUCCUGACAUUUCCUUUAAGUUAUCCAAUAAGCAAGCUUUUAGAUUUAGUUCUUGGUGAAGAAAUUGGAAACGUCUAUAAUCGUGAACGUUUAAAAGAACUUGUCAAGGUGACUACUGGAUUUAAUGAUUUAGAAAAAGAAGAAGUAAAUAUUAUUUCCGGUGCUUUGGAAUUAUGUAAGAAAACAGUCGCCGAUGUCAUGACUCGAAUUGAUGAUGUUUAUAUGUUGGACUACAAUGCUAUUUUAGAUUUUGAAACAGUUUCGGAAAUUUUGAAAUCCGGAUUUUCACGAAUUCCCGUUUAUGAAGAAACUAGAAAUAAUAUUGUCUCGAUAUUAUACAUCAAGGAUCUGGCAUUUGUUGAUCCGGACGAUAAUAAACCAUUGAAAACAUUGUGUGAAUUUUAUAAAAAUCCAUGUAACUUUGUGUUUGAAGACGUUACAUUGGACGUAAUGUUCAAACAGUUUAAAGAAGGACACAAAGGUCAUAUGGCAUUUGUACAACGAGUCAAUAGUGAAGGUGAAGGUGAUCCAUUUUAUGAGGUCAUUGGUUUAGUAACUUUAGAGGACGUUAUUGAAGAACUGAUUCAAGCUGAGAUAAUGGAUGAAACUGAUGUUAUCACUGAUAACAGAAGUAAACGAAAGAGAGUGAAAUCAAGAAUGCAAGAUUUUACUGUUUUUGCGGAGAAAAAUGAAAAUCAACGAACACAUGUCUCGCCACAAUUAAUGUUAGCGCUGUUUCAAUUUUUAUCUACAAUUGAUUCCUUCAAAUCGGAAGUAAUAUCGGAAAAUAUAUUACGUCGUUUAUUAAAGCAUGAUGUUAUUUAUUAUAUAAAAGUAAAAUCGCGUGAAAAAGCGCGUCACGAUCCAGUGACAAUAAUUUACCAACAAAAUAAGGCAGCGGAUUAUUUUGUAUUAAUAUUGGAAGGUCGUGUUGAAGUUACUUUGGGUAAAGAAAACAUGACUUUUGAGAGUGGACCAUUUACUUAUUUUGGAACACAAGCAUUAGCUAUUAAUGUUUCUGCACUUGAAUCACCUGUUAAUACAAAUCCACAAUCAAUGGGAAGCAUUCAUUCUGUGAAUUUGAAUGCAAUAGCACGUCAUACAUUUAUUCCGGAUUAUACUGUUCGUGCAGUAACUGAAGUUUUUUACGUGAAAAUUAAACGAUCGUUGUAUCUUGCGGCUAAACGUGCUACUCUAUUAGAAAGAAGUCAAAAGGAUAUUUCUCCUAGUACAGAUCAAUUUGAUGAUGAAGUCGAAAAGCUGUUACAUUCUUUGGACGAGGAUGAUCGCAGUGCACCAGAAUCUCCAAUUUUACCGAAGGAUAAAGGAUUUAACGAUAUUGAGGAGUCACAAUCACAUACACCAAUUCAUAAGGUGACAACUUUACCUGCGCUUCUACCUGUCAGCGCUAGUCCCAUCACAAAUUCCAAAUUUAUUUCACCUCACAGUGAAUACAAUGGAAAAUUAAAAACCUCACCCAUCAAGGUCACAAGUUUAUCGAAUUCACCUGUAAGGACACAAAUUGAUGUUCAAGGAGAAUCCGUGAGAUUGUUAGCGGAAGGAAAAUCCCACGAAGAUGGUGAACGAACAACACUUUUACCAAAUGAAGAUAAAUCUUAACACUUGCAGAAUGGCCGAUGGAAUGUGACAUCGGACAUUAUCUACGAAGGAAACAAAAAAUUGCACAACGAAGGUCAGGAAACUUCAGCGUGACGCAAGUUGUGAUUUUUUUAGUAGUAUAAUUACUUAGAUUUUAAAACAAAUCACGAUCAUAUAUAUAUUUUUUUUGUUUUUAUUUAAUUUGAUUCGAUUCAUUUUACUUUAUAAAAGAAAAAAAAAAUCAUUAUCCAUUAAUACACAGCAAUUAAAGCUGUACCCAUCCUCUCGUAUUUUGAGAUUAUUAUACUCAGGGACUGGAUGCCAAAUUCACGUGUACCAUGAGAUACAAUGGUCAUUCCACUAAACUACAUUUAGCUUACAUGAACAAAAACAUAAAGUACAAAACAAGAAUCAUUUAGUCGAUAAAUAUCGCGAAUAGAAAACAAGAAUUAAUAUACAUAUACGAAAUUGAAGAAUAUUUUAUAAAAAUUUUUUCAAUUCUUUAUCUUUUUUGUACAUAUUUUUUUGUUUUAGUAUUUUUUGCGUUAUUGUUUUAAUAUUGACUUAUAUUUGUUUUUUUUCAUUUAUUUAACUUUUUUAAAUAUUGUACAUAUAUAUAUGUUUAUUUAUUGAGGAACUUAAUUUAUGGACAUAUUUACAAAAUAUUCCUGAAUUUCGCAAAUGUUUCUCUACAUAGAAUUCAAUCAUCACAUUCUAUAUAAAAUGGUUAAAAACAUUUUUGAAAAUAAAAAUGUAACUUCCAGUCAUACGUAGUAUUGUAAUAGGACAAAUAUUUUCACAUAAUUUAUUUUUAUAAUUAUGUGUGCUACAAAUCAUAAUUGUUUUUUUUUCUUUUCUUAAAAACAAUUUUCAUUUCACAUUUGUAUAUAAUAAGCGUAAAAACUAUUUUUACAUUUUAUUUAUUUGUCUAUUACAUAUUUUAAUUAACGAGUAUGAAUUUUGCUCUCGAUGUAAGAGAAUGUUUUACAUGUGGAUUGUCUAUGAAGUCAAAAUGGGUACAGCUUUUUAGCUUUAUUUACAAGAAGUUGAAGGCAAUUAAAUGAUUAAUGAAGUUAAAAAUAAGAAUUUUGAAAUUUAUUAAUUAUUAAAAGUAAUUUGUAAAAAUUAUAAAUUUGAUAAACAUUUUUUUCUUUUUUUUUGAUGAGAUUAAGCAAAAAGUAAUUAUUUAAUUUAAAAAUUUUGCUGAAUUCAUUUUAGAAUAUUUUCUAUUUAGUGCCUUAAUACAAAACAAAAAAAAAAUGCAAGACCUGAUAAACAUAAUUAAUUGUUCUUUUAAUUUUUUUUCUGACUUAGAAUAAUAUUACAAUAAGGGGCCAUUCAUUAAUUACGUAAGGGUCCUUAGGGGGGGGGGGGGUAUAAAAUCUCUACAUGGUCUUACAUCGGGGGUGGGGGGUAGAAGCUAUUGUUACAUAAAUAUUCUGCCAAGUAUUUUCGAUUUGCAUUGUUGUAAUUAAUUUUUUAAUUACAUUAACAUUGUUAAAAACUUACGUAAGAGGGGGGUGGGGGGUCAGAAAGAUCUUAUGUAUUCUUACAUCGGGGAAUGGGGGGGGGUCAAAAUUAGCUAAAAUCGUCCUUACGUAGUUAAUGAAUGAUCCCUAAAAUAAAAAUUAAUCGACUAGAAAUAUUCGAAUAUUAAAGAACGCAUUUAAUAUAUAUAAAUUUCUUUUCAAAUUUAUCUUCACUCAUUUUUUGCGAUCUUUAACUAAUUGUAAAAUAGAGAGUGUUGAGUAAUUAGAAGAAUUAAAUGAAAUAUAGGUAAUUAUUUUUUACAUUUACAUGUAUAGAGCAAAACUCAAAUACAUACGCGAAGAAAUCACUAUAAAGACAUAUCUUUUGGUAUGAUAAGUAUGCAGUCACAUAAUAUAUAGAACGAUAUGAUCUUUCAAUUAAUUAUAUUAUAAUGUCACUUGAAGUGUAACAAUCUCGAUGAUACCCUGAAAAUUUAAAGUAUCAUUGUGGGACGUUAAUCUGGCAAAUUGUCAAUAUUUUGUAAAAUUUUUAUGUUUUAUUAAGCGUUUGAUUGAUAAACAUUUUUUUAGGAUAUAAAUCAAUUUUAUU